AUGGGAAGAAGCGUCGAGGUGGAGGAAGCGGAGACAAGCAACCAGCUGCGACGUCGAGUGCUCAGGCAAGAGGAGAACCGUAAGCCUCGGCUAUUUCAAAGGUACGAUUCUGACCAUGAACUGACAGUAGGAGUCGAUGAGGUCUUCAAUCAGGUCGGCCGCGGAAAUCUGCUGCGCCACCCAGAGCCGAUAAGGACAAAUCCCAACCGAAGGAACCAGAAGAAAUUCUGCAGGUUCCACGGCGAUGUCGGCCACCACACCAAUGAUUGCGCCGACCUCAAGGAUGAAAUCGAGAGAGUAAUCCGCGAGGGAAGGCUACAGGAGUUCAAAGCUGAACGGAGACCUCGAAAUGAUGGCAACGGAGGAGACUCAAGGAGAUCCCAGAAAGACUACGCCCAUGAGGCUAGAGGGGUUUACCAGGAAAGAUUCUGGAGUGUCUCCACUACAAAAACCCCAAGAUAUAGCAGUACCGACGUGGCGUUUAAUGAGGAUGACGCCAGCGGAGUUCACUUCCCCCAUAACGACACAUUAGUAGUGGAAGCCGUGAUUGGGAACCACACUGUAUGCCGAAUCUUGGUAGACAAUGGGAGCUCGGUGGACCUCCUGUACUCCGACUGCUUGGAAAAGAUGGGGAUCCGAAAGGAGCAGUUGGAGAAGACCUCCAGGCCAUUAUACGGUUUCAUCGGGGACUCCGUCAUCCCUCAGGGGACUAUCCGGUUGCCCAUAACCACCGGAGAAAAACCCCGACAGACCACGACAAUGGCCAACUUUGUGGUAAUAAAGGGAGGCUUUCAGUACAAUGCUGUAAUCGGGAGACCGACCCUUCAGGCACUGAGGGCAAUAACCUCCGUCUACCACCAGAAGGUCAAGUUCCCUACCCCAAGCGGCAUAGGUGAGAUGAAGAGCAACCAGUACGAAGCUAGGGUCACAUACUCUGAUGUCCUGCGCGGGUACGACUAG